UGGAAAGAAGUGAGUUGGCGGGUCGUCGUCCACGCCACCAAAGUUCCUACCAGAAACGAGGCUACCCCGCUUCUGCAGACGGUCUUCUGUUCCUUUAUUUCUCCAGCAGACGGAUCGAGGGCGCACGGGGAGUCACCUUGAGCUGGAUAACGUAUCCUCGUGACGUGGUGUGACGAAACCCGCUGGGCUUCCCCCGUACCUUGGCUGUCAUGCAUGAUUUGGUGUUGGUGCCGUCGUCGGCAUUCAGUGCUGGCCCGAGGUAGCCAGUGGACAUCGCCUGUCCGUGUCGUCUGCGACACAGCGGCCCGGGUUUGCAAAAACGUGGGCUCCGAUAGUGACACGCGUUCUGCGGAUUGUUUGCGGCACCGCUCUGUAUGGGAUAUCGCCGUGUGCAGUGACGUGUGAGCUAUGUCGGGAUACCAACUUGAGGCUUCUCAGGCAAAAGGAGCAAGCUGGAGGGGGGUAGGGAGGCCAGCGGCCACCCACUGACGGGCCUGUGGCGCCCCCUGUGGGCCCCCGGCUGGCACCCGCGGGGGGGACAUCACGCGACCAUGGCCUCUCCUCCGGCCAAUGCUACGGACGACGAAGGAGGUGGACGCGAUCUCGACGGAGUUCGUGUCGAGGCCUGGCUCGACGAACAUCCCGCAUUCGUCAACGACUACUUCAUGCGCAAGGCCUCGCGAAAGGUUGUAGAUGCCUGGCUUCUUGCCCACGCUGUCCCACAGAGCGUGGUGCAGGAGCACAACAGUGGGACGUUCACACCUCGCGGAGGGAGUUCGGCCGGAAGCUCAGGCUCUGUCAACGGUGGGUCGGGUGUUUCGACGCCCGUACGCAAGAUCUCAGCCUGUGAAUUUGACCGCGGUGGACCCCUGCGCCCCAUGGUGCAGACCAGCUGUGAUGGGACUCCGACCUUUCUCCCACUGCCAGCCGCUUCGGAGUCACAAGUCACAGCCGGACCAAGGCAGCAGCGCAGGAGCCGACAAGAACUCGAGGCCCUCAACGAACGUGAUCUCAUCUUUGAGUUGGUGAAGGACAUCUGCAACGAGUUGGACAUCCGGUUACUUUGCCAUAAGAUACUUCAAAAUGUCACGGUGCUGACAAAUGCAGACCGCUGCUCGCUGUUUCUUGUGCAAGGUGACCGGGAGUACCCAGCUGGGCGAUGGCUGGUCAGCCAAUUGUUUGACGUGUCUUGUCGCUCGACCCUGGAGCAGAUACAGUACGAGGAAGUCCGUAUUCCAUGGGGAUCCGGCAUCGUCGGCUACGUCGCCCAGAGCAAAGAAGCUCUCAACAUUCCUGACUGCUACGAUGAUGCACGCUUCAAUGACAGUGUAGAUCUGAAGACAGGCUACAGGACAAGAUGUAUGCUGUGCAUGCCCAUCUUCGACAGGGACGGUGAAGUCAUAGGAGUCGCGCAAGUUAUUAACAAGAAAGACCCCAACAAUCAGCUUGUCUUCAACAGGAAUGAUGAGAAAGUGUUUUCCGAAUAUCUUCAGUUUUGCGGUCUCGUGCUGAGAAAUGCGCAGCUGUAUGAACGCUCUGAGCUAGAAAACAAGAGAAACCAGGUGCUGCUGGAUUUGGCACGGAUGGUCUUUGAAGAGCAGAGCACAAUUGAGCAGGUGGUCUACCGAAUCAUGAUGCACAUGCAGUCACUACUGGAAUGCGAGCGUUGCCAGGUGCUUCUCGUCGGCCACGAGUCUAAGACUGCCUUUCAACGAGUUUUCGACCUCGAAGCCAAGGAUGUCAACAAGGAAGAUAUCAUAUCUUGCACAAGCCCUUACGAAGGCCGCUUUCCCAUAAAUACGGGUAUUACGGGCUGGGUUGUGGCAACUGGUCAGAUCCUGAACAUUUCGAAUGCAUAUGAAGAUAGCAGGUUUGACCCAAAGGUGGACGAAGGCAGUGCAUUCAAGCACAAGUCUAUUCUAUGCAUUCCAAUCUAUAAUGCUAGUCGCAAAGUCCUUGGUGUGGCGCAGCUGAUCAACAAGCUCAACAGCGAGCCGUUCAACAAGAAUGACGAACAGUUACUUGAGGCCUUUGCCAUCUUCUGUGGGCUAGGCAUCCAAAAUACGCAGAUGUACGAAAAAGUGGUGAAGUCAAUGGCAAAGCAGAGAGUGACUCUCGAAGUCCUAUCGUACCACGCCACAGCUCCACUUGACGAAGCAGAGAAGCUUAGCAAUCUCCACCGUGUACAGCUGUCCGAUAGACAUCAUCAGAAGAUAAACAGAAGAAGAAAGAGUGGAAAUACGUCCGCACUUCCGUCGACACAGUCCCUGAGGCUCCAGGACUUCCGGUUUGAUGACUUCAGCCUGGACGACGACGGGAUGCUGACAGCCAGCCUCCGCAUCUUCCUGGAGCUUGACUUUCUUAAUAGGUUUCACAUAGAAUACAUAGUGCUCUGCCGGUGGCUGUUGAGCGUCAAAAAGAACUACCGCUGUGUGUCGUAUCACAACUGGAGACACGCCUUCAAUGUUGGCCAGAUGAUGUUUGCCAUUCUUACGAACACUAACCUACAUGAAGUACUGGGUGACCUUGCGACCUUCGGCCUCAUAGUGGCUUGUUUCUGUCACGACCUCGACCACAGAGGUACCAACAACUCGUUUCAGAUCAAGUCGUCAUCUCCUUUGGCACAACUGUAUUCAACAUCCACUAUGGAGCACCAUCACUUUGAUCAGUGCGUCAUGAUCCUCAACAGUCAGGGUAACCAGAUCUUGAGUCAUGUAUCCCCAGCUGAGUACACUACAAUCGUCAAGGUGAUUGAGGAAGCCAUCUUGGCCACCGACCUUGCUGUCUACUUCCGAAAACGUGGUUCCUUCUUCAAGUUGGUUGAUUCUGGAGAGUAUGACUGGGCAAACAAUUCUCAUCAAGAACUUCUCCGGAACAUGCUGAUGACAGCAUGUGACAUUGGAGCCAUCACGAAGCCAUGGGAAAUUCAGAAAGUGGUUGCAGAACUAGUCACGGCUGAGUUCUUCCAACAAGGGGACAUUGAGAAAGAAGAGCUGAAAAUCCAACCCAUAGACAUGAUGAACCGUGAAAAGAAAGACGAGCUUCCCAGCAUGCAGCUUGGAUUCAUAGACUCCAUAUGUCUCCCGUUGUACAAAGCAUUCGCAAGGGUCCACGACAGCCUCUCCGUCCUGCUGGAAGGCGUAGAGAGCAACCGCAAGCAAUGGCAAAGGCUAGCCGAAGCCAAACCAGUCUUUGUAAACGGAGAAGGGGCAGCAGACGACGCUCCAUGUCAAGGCUCCGAGGGAAGCAGAAGGUCAAAUAACGUGUGUGGAUCUUAGUCAGGACUUGUAAGGCGACGAGGUUUGGAUUACAACGUGUAGGGCAUAGGUGGAAUCGCCCACGCGUGGUUAUGCACUGUGUGGCGAUCUCUGAGAACGCCGUUGUAUGUAGCAUUUUGUUGCACCUUGCGGAGACACGCAGAACCCCAUGGAGAUUGUUCCGCCGCAUUCAUGUCUAUCGGGGGCAAACGUUUUGUGAACCGUUGAACUUACGGUACUGCUGGUUACUCGUUCAUGUAAUAAGUCUACGUUUCCAUACGGAUGCCACAGCCAAAUUCACAGGACAUGAACGCACUUUCUUCUGAGCCACUCUUCCUGUAUCGGAGCUGGCACCUCGACCGACUGUUUAUGCAACACCUCCAAAUGGCUAACCACGGUAGUGUCCCGUUAAUACGGGCGACUUCCUUCUCAGAGCAUGCUCGGACAACUAAAGCACAAACAAGUUCGAGCUGACUGUGUUCAGAAUUAAUCUAAACAUGCGAAGUGACUCACACUUUCGUGUCACCUAAUACAUUACUUCAUCUUCCCACCAUCUGUCCAAUUUGAUGCAGUGUGCCCCUGCUUCUCAACGGCUUUGAGGGGCUGAUAGGGGUGUGGCAAGAGACAGGGCAGGGGCAGGAGCAGGUUGGCAACGUUUGCUCAGAAACCGCUAUUUAAAUCUGUCAAAGCUUCAGCAGAUCUGCUUGAAGUCAGGAGAGCAAAUCUGUUGAGAAAAAGUAUGAAUUGUACUAUUUAUGCAUCACACAUGUCCUGUUAAGGUUGUUUUACUUAAAUGCGUAUGCGUAGUUGCGUAUGAGUAAAUAGUCCCUCGCAGAGACAUUGAAAUUUAUCUCGUGCAGGCACAGCAAUGCAAACAUUUGAAAAUCAUCUUCCUUUCCCCUGCGACCAUGAGGGUAUGCACGCGGUCGUAACUGUGCAAGUCACAUAAAUGCUAUUGUGACCACGUGCAUGUGAUAUAGU